AAGCGCGAAGACUCUAUUUUAUAUCCAAAAUACAUUUAGCCCAGUCCUUGCUCUGUACCGUGUACUGUUGCACUUGUUAUUUGACAGUUAAACAUGAUGGGGAUAUGUUGUAUGCUGGAUAUGUUGAAGGAUAUGCUUGUUGACAUUAACUACAUGCACUGGAGUCUGGGUUUUGUUACGGCCGAAUUCUUCUGGGAUCUAUACCUCAUUCUCCGUCAGAGGAGAACCGUAAAAGAAAAUCGGACUGCCAAUGAAGACGUCCAGAAACUGAUGGAUGAAGAAACGUACAAGAAAUCUCGUCUAUACAGCUUGGAAAAGAUCAACUUCGGUAUCCUCCAAGACGCCUAUCACGAGUUAGAAUUAUUAGCCAUCACUCUUACAUUCUUCCUGGCCAAGCUGUGGAACUUUUCUGGUAAAAGUAUUGAAAGUUUGGGGUACACUGAUGAGCUCAUUCAAUCCAACAUGUUCCUCCUUCAGACCACCAUCCUGUCCUUCGUUGUACAUCUACCCUGGUCACUGUAUAGCACGUUUGUUAUCGAAGAAAGGCAUGGUUUCAACAAAAUGACGAUGGGAUUCUACUUCAAAGAUUCCCUCAAGAAGAUGGCGGUAAGUCAACUUAUAACCACUAUAAUGGUCACACCAUUAAUAUGGCUGAUAAAAUGGGGUGGGGAUUAUUUCUUCAUAUACGCGUGGGGCUUCACUUUCCUUUUCACCAUGGCUAUUUUCUUCGUAUACAUGGACUUCAUUGCGCCACUGUUUGACAAGUACACCCCCGUCCCUGAUUCCCCUCUCCGCACUGCUAUUGUUGACCUGGCUAAAAGUAUCAACUUCCCUCUCACCAAGUUGUUUGUGGUCGACGGCUCUAAAAGAUCUGCUCACAGCAAUGCAUUCUUUUACGGCUUCUUCAAGAAUAAAAGAAUCGUACUGUUCGACACACUACUAGACGACACUUGUAAUCCCAUGUUGGGAUUGGACGCAGACGGUAACAAGCGCGAGUUUCCAGGUGAAGAGGAGACUGUAACGACAGGAAAGAAGAAGGGUUGUAGCCAGGAGGAGGUUGUGGCCGUGUUGGGUCAUGAACUUGGUCACUGGUAUCACGGUCACGUCUGGAAACCAAUGAUUCUUAACCAGUUCUUAAUCCUGGGCAUGUUCUACACUUUCGGCCUUCUCGUAAAGAAUAAGAAGAUGUUAGCUGACUUUGGGUUUGUUGAAGAGCAACCUACUCUAAUCUCACUUCUGGUUAUCUUCCAGUUCAUCUUCAGUCCUUUAAACCGAGUUAUGUCAGCCGUAUCCAUCUACAUCACGCGAUGUUUCGAGUUCCAAGCUGACAGAUUUGCUGUUGGACUCGGUAAGGGAGAGAAGUUACAAAGCUCAUUGAUAAAGCUAGUGACAGAUAACCUGAGCUUCCCAAUGGCCGACAAGAUGUUCUCAACAUUCAACUACUCUCAUCCCCCAAUCCUGGAAAGAAUAGCUGCUAUCAAGGAGGAAAUGGCUAAGAAGUCUAAAACUGAGUAGAUGAACAGGAACACUGGUACACUCGGUUUCGGAGUACUUAAUGGAUAUUCCAUUUUUAACACCCUGGCCUAUUGUCCUAUUCCCGCAGAAGGUUUUUAUUACUCUUCGUUUUCCGGAGUAAGUUAAAGCAUUUUAUUUUAGCCAUUUUGAUAUAAUUGUAAUAACUUUAGGCGAUUUUCGAUAUAUUAACAUCUUGUUUUACCGUUUGAACGAAUGAAAUCUUUGUUAACUUAGUUUAAUUAUAAGUUAUUUCUUUUCUUGAAUAUGAUUAAUAAUUAUGGCGAAGUUUAUUCCAUGGCCACCAA